AUGAUUAAACAACAGCAACCACAACAACUUAAGGCACAAAGCACCCAGGUCCCUCAGACCAUUACAUACGCCAUAUAUGCAUAUAAUUCAAAGACGGCAGAACAAACGCAAAGGUUGAAAUAUGGAGAUUUGGAGAUAGUAUUGAAAAAUGACCAUUUCGAAUUCGUUUGCAAAGGUGGUGCGGUGAUAUCAAAUAUAAAAGAAAUUUUAUUUAUGAAUUCAAAAAUUAAAGGUAUAACGGAUGAUAUAACAUCAAUUCCACCAGAAGAACAGAGAUAUUACGCAUUAAAUGCAUUUCCUAAAGUUUUGAAGAUUGGAAGAUUUAAUUUAAAUGAGGAAUUCAUAGAAGGUUUCCUAAAUGACAUAAUGAAGAAAGCAGAUAAGGAAUAUGUGGCUAGUGAGUUAAAUAAGAAGGCAAAUUUGGUUUACGUUGAUGAAAAAGAUAAAGAAAUUAAAGAAAGGGUUGAAUGGUAUCAUGAAUGGACAUUGGAGACUUUUAAAGUUAAAGCUGAUACAGGAUGGGUUUCAGGAUGUUUAGACCUUAAAGCGGAUAAAACUUAUGUUAACGAUGAGUUAGAGAAGAAAGCGGAUAAGGAAUAUGUGGCUAGUGAAUUAAAUAAGAAGGCAAAUUUGGUUUACGUUGAUGAAAAAGAUAAAGAAAUUAAAGAAAGGGUUGAAUGGUAUCAUGAAUGGACAUUGGAGACUUUUAAAGUUAAAGCUGAUACAGGAUGGGUUUCAGGAUGUUUAGACCUUAAAGCGGAUAAAACUUAUGUUAACGAUGAGUUAGAGAAGAAAGCGGAUAAGGAAUAUGUUAACGAUGAGUUAGAGAAGAAGGUGGAUAAAACAUAUGUUAACGAAAUAUACCAAAGUUUGAUAGGAACAACAAAAAAUAUUGAAACUAUUGUUAGGGAUGUUUCUGUCUAUGAAGAAAACAAAUAUUUUAGAUGGGAGUUUGUACACUCCUUAAAAAAUGGUAUACGGUAUAAACUCAUUCCGAAAAAUAACAAUGAAAUGUAUGUAGGCUAUAUAAAGAAUAAUGGUACACAAGUUAAAGUUCCAUUAGACAACAACUGCUACUUAAACUUAUAUGGAGACGAACAAAAGAAAUAUUUAAGAGUUUAUGAAAUGGCAGAUAUGACGUUGGCUGACCCAGCUCCAGCACCAUAUUAUUAUGACUAUGGAGAUGACGACAGAACACCACAUGUAGAUGAACAAAAGCUAACAUUAUAUUUAGAUUAUUAUAGAUAUAAAAGAUAUAAUGCAAUAGAAAAAACGAGAAUAGUAUAUUAUUAUACAGAUGACAGAAAUAAAUAUUAUAGUCAAGAUUUUACCUACCCUGAAAACAUAAGAUUAUAUUAUAAAAAAUAUUCUGACACAAACCAGAAGAAACCUGAAAUAGUUACACUAUAUUUUAA